AUGGAUAAGGUCACCUCUAUCAUCAGCGUCACGACCGGCGGCGCGCUGGACGGGGCGGAAGGAACGGACAGCCAGGAAAGCCUCUGUCCCUCGCUCACCUUCAAGCAGCGUGUGCAGGGCUCCGUCGGCUGCGCUGCGCUCGGCAUUUUAUUCUUCGUUCCCAGCUGGGUGACUGUGUUCCUCGGCGACUACGUCCUCUUCGGUGUUCUCUUCACCCUCGGCAGCCUCAUGUGCCUCGGCGGCACCCUUUUCCUUGCGGGGCCGGCCCGCCAGUUCAAGAACAUGUUCAACGAGGGCCGUUGGAUCACGUCGACGGUGUACAUCAUCACAAUGGUGCUCACCCUCCUCUGCGCCCUGCUCUUGCGCAACGGUCUCCUUACAAUUCUCAUGAGCAUCAUCCAGCUCUUGGCACUCGCGUGGUACAUACUCUCGUACAUCCCGUUCGCGCGCGAUGUUGUGAAGGGCGCCUUCUCUCGUCUCAUGAACGGCUGA